GUAGUCAGAUCACCACAUCACGGCAGGCGGGUGUGUUAGCUGUGAGUCACGCUUAUCGGUAGUCUGAGCGUCGUAUAGAAUCCUGAUUCGGGCUUUGCCACGUCACCAUCACGAUGCGGUGCCACUACGAGGUGCUGGCCGUCGAUCGAUCCGCAUCAGCGGACGAGAUCAAAUCCGCAUAUCGCAAGCUCGCAUUACAGUGGCAUCCCGAUAAGAACCAGAACAAUGUCGAGCACGCUACAGCCAUGUUCAAGCAGAUCCAGAGCGCGUACGAAGUGUUGAGCGACAAGCACGAGCGAGCGUGGUACGACGGCCAUCGGGAUUCGAUCCUUCGCGGCGACAGCCACCACCAUGGCGAAAACCAUUCUUGCGAAGACGAAGAUCUCGACCUGUGGGGUUACUUCUCCGCCUCGGCGUACUCUGGUUAUGGCGACACCGGCGAAGGGUUUUACGCCGUCUAUGCGGAGGUUUUUGACGAGAUUUUCGAGAAGGAAGUCGCAGCGGCUCGGCGCGCAGCGAAGAAGGGGGAGGAGAUUGAGAUGUCGGCGCCGCCGUUGGGGAAGAGGGACAGCUCAGCUGCUGACGUGUCAGCGUUCUUCAAGUUCUGGCAGUCGUUCGUGAGCGUGCGCGACUUCGCGUGGAAGGAUCAGUACAACCUGAACGAAGCGCCCAACCGACGGGUGCGGCGGCUGAUGGAGGAGGAGAACGCGAAGCUGCGGCGGCGAGCCAAGCGCGAGUUCAACGAGGCUGUCCGCCAGCUGGCGGCUUUCGUCAAGAAGCGCGACCCGCGCGUUAAGGAGCAGCAGGCGGAGGCGCGGAGGGUGGCGGCGGAGAGAGAAGCGGAAGCCAAGAGGCGGAGAGAGGAGGAGCGGAGGGAGAAGGCGCGGAGGGCGCAGGAGUACGAGGAGCCCGAUAAGGUGUUCAGGAGCAUGCAGCAGCUGGCGAACCAUGAGAGAAGCAAGAAGCACCUGGAGCGACUGGAAGAGCUCCGAGCUGAGUUGCUGGCAGAUGAAAUGAUGGAGGCGGGGGAGGAGAGCGAGGGGGAGGAGGGGGAAGAGGGGGAGGGUGGGGAGGAUGAGGGACUGGAAGGGGUGGAAGGGGAGGAGGGAGAGGAGGUGGAGGAGGUGGAAAUGGCAGAAGGGAAGGAGGGAGGUGCAGACGGGGAUGGGGACGUGGUUGGGGGGACGGAGAGUGAGGAAGAAGAGGUGGAGGAGGAAGAGAGGGAGGGGUCCGACAGGAGAGGGGUGGAAGAGGAGGAGGAAGAGGUGGAGGAGGAAAAGGAGGAGGAAGAAGAGGAUGAGGACGCGGAGGAAGAGGCAGAGGAGGUGGACGAGGAGGAUGAGAUGGCCAUGCUGGCCGCCAUGCUGGCACGGCAGCAGAUGGCUGACAAGAGGAAGCGGAAGGAGAGAGCACAGAAAGAACAGGAGGAGAAGGAGAGGAGAGAAAAGGAGAAGAGAGCAGACGAGGGGGAGGGUGGGGAAAGUGCGGCUGCAGGGGUCUCAGCGGAUUUUCAGGCAGAAACGAGUCACAGCCAGCAAAACGGUACUGCUGGUGAAGGCUUAUCUGAAGCGACUGAGGACGCAGCAGGAGAUAGGGAUGGGCAGGGGGCAGCACUAGAAGGUGACAAUAACGAAGGUGGUAAGGAGGAGGGGAAGGAGAGUGAGGGAGCAGGGGGGAGAGGUGGGGAAGGGGAGGAGGAGGAGGCGGAAGUAGCAAAGGGGAAGGGGAAGAAGGGGAGGCGGAGAGCAGCCAAGGGGGCAGGCGGGAAGGGCGGAAGUCAAGUGGGUGAGGGAGCGGUGGGGGGCUCAAGUACCUCAAGUGGGUCUAGAGCGAGCUUGAAUGGGGAAGACAUCAGCAGUCGAGGGGUGGUGGAUGGUGGGGGAGAGAGGGGAGGGAGGGGCACCAAGGGCGGCAAGAAGGAGAGAAGAAAGGGGAAGAACUCGGAGCCGUCACUGGCAUGUGGAAUCUGUGGUCUCGAGUUCGAUACCCGGAACCAGCUGUUCAAGCACAUAGCGGCCAAGGGCCAUGCGCAGCUCAAGUCCUGACUGCUGUCUGACGAUCGUGCAGACGGAUGGGUUUAUUAUUACCGUGUGGCCUUCAGUAUGCCGUCCACGGCAUCGUACGCCGCUCCAAUGCUGUUCCAGCUUCCAGCACCGCAAAGAUGAUUACACCACGCGAUUGGCCUCACUCAUACAACACAAUUGUGCUUGCAUUGUAUUGUAGUCGUGAUGUGUGCAAUAUAGUACGGCCAAUGCACUUCCACGUUUCUUCCAUCCCUCGACCCCAUUGUGUACCGUCAAGCGUGUGUACUGCUGGAUGGUAGCAACAAACUCCCAGUACCUUU